AUGGAGGCCUGGAUCUGCAUCGUCGUCACGCUGGGUAAGAAAACCAACUUCUCUCCUUGGUACUCCCACUGCUCCCAUUACUUCCACUACUACUCCCAUUACUACUCCCAUUACUUCCACGACUAUUCCCAUUACUUCCACUACUACUCCCAUUACUUCCACGACUAUUCCCAUUACUUCCACGACUAUUCCCUUACUACUCCCAUUACUUCCACUACUAUUCCCAUUACUACUUCCACUACUACUUCCACUACUACUCCCAUUACUUCCACUACUACUCCCAUUACUUCCACGACUAUUCCCACUACUUCCACUACUACUUCCACUACUACUUCCACUACUACUUCCACUACCACUUCCACUACUACUUCCACUACUACUUCCACUACUACUCCCAUUGCUCCCACUAAUCCUACUCUCAAUACUCCCAUUACUCCCAAUACCACUAAUAUUACUCCCAAUACUACUACUCAUCCUCCCACUACUCCCACUGCCACCAAUCCUCCCACUGCUGCUCCACUGAUCUGUGCCAAUGGGGAAGAGGAGUACGGGGUCUGUGUGUGUCCUGAUGAGUGGACGGGGGAGACAUGCUCAGAGGAAAAUUUCUGCAAUGAAACAACUUUAGGGAAAUUCAGAUUUCCAAGGACAGCCAUUGGUUGGUUUGCGUACUCAGAGGAAGAAUGUGACAAACAUACAGUUGGAGCUGGAAAGCCCCAGGCUUCGACCAGAUGUCUGGUCAGGGAUGGAAAACCUCAGUUUGAGAACCCACCGCGAGUCCUUCAAUGUGAACAGACGCUCAGCGACAUUCAAAGAAACCUCACCAGUUCUGCAGACUUGGAGGUUCUGGCGUCCAGCGCUCAGCUUCUGACGUCCAGACCUGCAGAUCUGAAACCUGAAGACGUCACCAUAGCAGCUCAGAUUGCCAACACGCUGCUGCUGUCGCCAAAUGCCUCAGAGACCGUCAGGGUGGCAGCGGUUGCUACCGUCAGUCAGCUGCUCAAAGCCACGGAGUCCGAUGAGAAGAAGGAAACCAACACGUCUCAGAGCUUGACGUUGACCCUGGAUCAGCUCUCUGUGAACCUCAGCCUGACCAGCAACUCGUCCCAGCUGGUCCAACCCAACCUGGUGGUCCAGUCGGCUCAAAUUCCAGCGUCGGACACCCAGGGAGUCCAGUUCACCGCCUUGGCAGGGCAGUCUGGCAGUUUUGUAGCCAACAGAAUUCGGUUGAACACCAACGUGUCAAAGGUCACCGUGGACCAGGGUUUUAUUGCUGACGCUCUGGUUUACAUCCGCUUCCCAUCAGGCAGCAGGGCGGAAAGGCGCCAGCAGGGGUCCAACGUCUCUCUGGGCUUCGUCCUCUACCAGAACAGCCGCUUCUUCCCGUCGAGGACCUACAGGCGGCGGCGGGCCAGCCUCAGGGUCCUGUCAGCCAGCAUUGGGGGUCCAGACCGCAGCAUCGUGGCGGAGACUGUGGAGAUGCAGUUCCGAGUAACGCUGCCGAAUAAAACAUCUCUGCACGACUUCUCCUGCGUCUUCUGGGACUACGGCAAGGUGGACUGGAACACCUACGGCUGCCACAAGGGGAACUCUUCAGACGGAGUUCUCAGAUGUUCCUGCAACCACACCACCAACUUCGCAGCUCUCUGGUCUUUCAGAGAGAACUAUGAGUACACAGAAGCCCUGGGUGUGCUCUCCAUCGUGGGUCUGUCUUUCUCCAUCCUGGGCUUGGUUAUCACCAUCAUCCACCUCCUGAAAGAGACUUUUCACAUGAAAUCUGGUCCGAAACGAACCAAGCUGACCUCCAAGACGACUCUGCUCUGCAUCUGCCUCAGCCUGCUGGCCUUCAUCAUCACCUUCCUGUCUGGGGUCCAGAACUCCGGACCGGAUGUCGGUUCCGAGGAUUCGCCCAGCGAUCAGAACCGGAUCCUGGACUCUGACCUGCAUGUGGAGCCGGACUGCAGCUCCUGCACGGCCGUGGCGGCGCUUCUGCACUUCUUCCUGCUGGCCACCUUCUCCUGGAACAGUUUGUACGGAACCCAGGUGGUUCUGCUGGUCCGAUCCAUGCAGCGCAGCCUGCCCUCGUACUGGACCCAACUCAGCUGGGGGGUCGGAUGGGGAGUCCCGGCCGUUGUGAUGGCGAUCACCCUGGCAACGACCUACCGGGUGGAGAACCCGCUGGCAUACAGACAGGAGGAGUUCUGCUGGCUCGCUGCUCUGGACCUGAACAACCACUUCAGCUUGGGGAAGCCCAUGUUCUGGGCCUUCAUAGUGCCGCUGGGCCUGGUUCUGCUCUACAACGCGGUUCUGCUGGGCCUCAUCUCCCUCACCACCUGCAGGGUGGAUCCAAGGAUCACCAGAUGUGUCAGUGACUGUCUGGUCAUAAUGUUGUGCCUGAUCUCUCUGGUUCUGGUUCUGUGGACCCGGCAGCACCAAGCGCUCCCCCUGGCCCAGAAGUUCCUGAUCAGUUUCUCUCUGGCGGUUCUGCUCGGUCUGUCCUGGACUCUGGGCUACCUGGUCCUGGUUACCAUGGGAACCGCUCACCUGGCCUGCAGCAUCCUGUUCUGUCUGUGUACCACCACCCAGGGCCUGCAGAUCUUCAUCCUGUUCACGGCCAGAACCAGAAGCUUCCGGGUCGCAGCGGCCCGGUCCGCUCGCUACGUCUCCGCCGCCGGGUACACCCUCAGGUCCACAACGUACCACCUGUGGAAGAACCGGGCCGAAACCAGAACCUCAGACAUGUACAAGAACACAAGAAGCCAGGAAACCAGCAUCUAGAACCAGGAACCGGGCCAGAACCGGCAUCUAGAACCAGGAACCGGGCCAGAACCGGCAUCUGGAACCAGGAACCGGGCCAGAACCGGCAUCUGGAACCAGGAACCGGGCCAGAACCGGCAUGUAGAACCCAGCCGGUACCGCUCCAGUGGUUGAUCAGAGAUGUUUGUACUUUUUAUUUUCUAUUCUUCAGUUUUAUGAAAUCAAUAUUAUUGAUGAAUUAUUGAACAUGAAUAAUUCCUGAUCAGUUUGGAUAUUUAAUCUGGUUCUGAUCCAGUUUGUCUUGUUUUAUUGGUUCUGAACUUUAUAAUGUUUUUAUAGAAACUCAGAUUUUUAUAUUUUAUUGUUUUUAAUCAUCUGAACCAUUAAAAAUGUUCUCAGUU